AUGUUGUCAGGGGAGGAAAUCUUAUGCAGCACCCAGCAGGUGAUCGCAGGGCUGGAGGCUCUGCGUGGAGAGAACCGCACGCUGCUGGACAACAUGCAGGAAACGCUCCAGAGCCAGACACCCAGCGAGAGCGGCAGCCUGGAGCAGGAGAAGACCAACAUCAUUUUAGAGUCUCUGGAGAGGAUUGAACUGGGCCUAGGAGAGGCACAAGUGAUGAUGGCACUGUCAGCACACCUGGGCUCCUUGGAGGCAGAGAAGCAGAAGUUGCGUGCUCAGGUGCGGAGGUUGUGCCAGGAGAACCAGUGGCUGAGGGACGAGCUGGCCCGGGCCCAGCUGCAGCUACAGGAACGGGAACAGGAAGUGGUUACUUUAGAGGAGCAGAACAGACACCUGCAGUUCAUGAGCAGCAUCCGCAAGUACGACCACGAAGAGCCGUCUAUGGAGGAUAAAGAUUCGAAUUCAGGGAAGGAGUCCCUUGAUGAUCUCUUUCCUAGUGAAGAAGAGGAGCAAUCCCACAUGUCUCAGCCGCGCAGUAGUGCUGCUGCUGCUGCCCAGCAGGGAGGAUAUGAGAUCCCUGCCCGACUCCGAACUCUCCACAACCUGGUGAUCCAGUACGCCUCUCAGGGCCGCUAUGAGGUGGCCGUGCCCCUCUGCAAGCAAGCUCUGGAGGACCUGGAGAAAUCCUCGGGCCACAGCCACCCGGAUGUUGCUACCAUGCUCAAUAUUCUGGCUUUAGUGUACAGAGAUCAGAACAAAUACAAGGAAGCUGCCAAUCUCCUUAAUGAUGCAUUGGCCAUCCGUGAGAAGACACUAGGCAUAGACCAUCCAGCAGUGGCAGCUACUCUGAAUAAUCUGGCUGUGUUGUAUGGAAAAAGGGGGAAGUAUAAAGAGGCAGAGCCGCUGUGUAAAAGAGCUCUGGAGAUCAGAGAAAAGGUGCUUGGGACAGAUCACCCUGAUGUAGCCAAACAGCUGAAUAACUUAGCCCUCCUAUGCCAGAACCAGGGCAAAUACCAGGAGGUGGAGCAGUACUAUGAACGUGCACUGCACAUUUACCAGAGCCAGCUGGGUCCAGACGAUGCCAACGUGGCCAAGACCAAGAAUAACCUGGCCUCCUGUUACCUCAAGCAGGGCAAGUACAGGCAAGCUGAGGCUCUUUAUAAAGAGAUUCUGACUCGUGCUCAUGAGAAGGAGUUUGGUUCAGUAGAGGGGGAUGGACGGCCCGUUUGGAUACAUACAGAAGAGGGAACCUCAAGACAGGAUGGUCUGGGAAGUCUGAAGCGCAGUGGAUCGUUUACCAAGCUCCGGGAAUCCAUAAGACGAAGCAGCGAGAAACUUGUUCAGAAACUGAAAGGUGUUGGAACAGAGGAAACAGCCCCUCGAGCUGCUGGGAUGAAGAGAGCCAAUUCUCUAAAUGUUCUUAAUGUGAGUCUCAAAGAGAGUCAAGAGACUGCUGUGAAGCCCAAGAGGCUGACAGACGCACGAGGUCUGAGUUCCAGCACGCAGAGUUUAGCUCGCCGUGCCUCUCUAAGUGGUGAGACGGCUAACUUUCAGUCAAGCCACAUGACAUCAGGACUCUGGGGAAAUGCACACAUCUGACUAGUCUGUAGUAAUGACGAAGAUCAUAUUUGACCAUAAUAUGAGGACUAGUACGUGAUGAAGAAUGCAGGCCUCCCUGAGACUCACUUUAAAGCAGUCCAUUAGAGUGCUCCUGGAAAAGGAAAGCACUUUUUGGCUUUACAAAAAGAUUUUUUACACAGUGUAAAAUCAGUUCAGUCCAAUCUACACAUAUUUUAAAAGCCAGUUGCAAUAUAAAAUGUCAGAAAUGUAUAAUUUAUUACAUUUAAAAGAUGGGACCAAAUUUAAUAAUCAGGCUAUCCAAUAUUACAGACUUCGACUGUGCAGUUUUUUUUUUACUAUUUUUGCAGGCAAAAUCCAGUCAUUUAAUCAGGAAUCCAUGCAUUCAGGAGUUUCUUGUGAGAACAAAAAAAGGUUUUCACUCAGGUUUCACUCAUGUUCAGGUUCACUCAACUGGAAGCUUGUGUAGUGGAAGUCUCUAUUUUAUGAGCAUAAUUUAUCACUACAUUAUUGACCUGCAAAGUUUCUCCAAGAUUUUGCAAAUGUUACUGCACCUCAAAAGUUUACUUAGAAUAUUGGAGCAAUAUGUGACAGAUUCCAUGUCCUCACACCAACAUGCAAAAUAAUUAUAAUAUUGGAACUGAACAAUUUGCACCUUAAAUCUUCACUUCUAAAUGCACUCAACUCAACUAAUUGUAAUCCAUGAUGUUACAUUCCAAGAUGCAUGUAAGAUAUGCUGUGGUACAUGCUAAUUUGUCAACCAAUCAACCAAUUCAUCAACCAAUUGUGGUAUGACUUGUGCCUAUAAAAUAAGGGACUUCUGAUUUUACAAUUUCGAGCAGAUGUUGUACCUUAUAUAUAUAUAUUCACAUGCUGUGCUAUUGCUUUAGUUUAAGUUCUAUUUAUCAAUAGGAAGGAUUUUAUAUUAGCGGAAUUUCAGGGUACUAAUACACAGAAUGUGACUUGAAUCUAGCUAGUGGAUAUAGAUACUGAGAGGUUAGGAAUCAAUGAGCAGUUACAUAAUCUAAACUGCUGUACAAGCUAUGUUGUUGAAUCAUGUUACAUAUUCCAUGAGCUUAGGGGAAAAUAUUUAUAUACUGAAUGUUGCUGAUGAACUUAAUAAAAUUGUUCUACCUCUGUCAAUCAAAA